AUGUUGUCCUACCUGAUAUCCCGCCUGCUCGGGCUAUCCACCUUUACCCAGGUCCUCUACCAACUCCCCCUUACUCUCGACUGGCUAGGACCCCCCUCAUUCCUCUUCCUCUCGCUCUUGCUGUUCCUCUACCAAUGCUCGUAUGCAACCUUCCGACUGUUGACGAAGAACACCCCUUUGGCGAGCCUUAUGGGCCUGUGGAACUUGAUCAACCCGUUCGUGCCAACACUAUGUGCGCUGGCAACAUGUUGGAUGUACCUCUACCCGCCGGCUGCCGCUGAUGUCCAGGCGAGCUUCUGGAGAGUCGGCUGGAAACGGCUGUUGGGAGUCGUGCUUCCCGGCUUCUACGCUCAGACGUUGAGGCUAGUGAGCCCGGUUUUCAGCUUACUGGAGGGGUUCUCGACUCUACUAAUCGCCCAACUAGUUGGAAGAAUGAGCAAGGGGUUCAUCGAGGAUUCACCUAUCGCUUACGAGAAGGAAGAGUUUGAAUGGAGACGUCUGUCUUUCCUCGUGAUAUCCUCCAUCAUUUACUGUUCUGGAGCUACCUGGCUUGUCAUAUCACACCCCCUCUCACCGCCGUUUUCCAAGACCCAACUUCCACCCAUCUUUCUUGGACUGGCACUCGCGACGGUCUUCUUCUUGACCAUGAUCGCAUUCUCGAGGAGGAGUGCAACGUCGAUCGAGACGUCCUUGAUCUUCCUCUACAUUAUCUAUGGCGCUUGGAUGAGCGGAAAAGAAGAGUUGAUGGAAUCCUAUCGUCCCAACCUACCUUCUCCUCGAUCCCCAUCUCGUCCGUCAACUUGGACACAGCUUCACCCAAAUCCAUCUUUACGGCCCUGCUCUCCACCCUCGGAUUUGCUGGAGCGGUCCUCGCCCGACUACUGGGGAUCAACAUCGGCUUCCUUUCCGACCAUGCUCAAGAUUGCGAAAUCGCUCCCGCCGACCUUGCUGAUCUCGCUGUGUUACCGGUUGCUCGUCCUACACACCGCGGCCCGGUUCAUACCUGCUAUCAAGCGGGCGGCCAGCGGGUGGGACGAGCCGGUCACGCCGGCCGGAGGCGAAGGCGAGAAGAGUUCGAGCUUUUGGAGCGAUGGCAGGAGUUUCAGCGAGGAGAGGGCGAGUUCGAGAGUAACAACAAUCUUGUUAUCGUACCGGCGAGCCAUUUUGAUAGCCGUGUAUACGCACCUGCUCUUGCUCGACAACGGCUCGCAAGUAUGGUGGAGAUGGGUCAACAUAUUUGUCACGCUCGGAGUCUGGGCUCUCGAGCUCAACGUCGACCGGGACGACUUUGAUGACGAUGGGGAAAGCAUCGUUUCGUGGAAUAGAGACUGA